CUGCACUCCGAGCCCUCUGGCGCUUUUGAAGCUGGACUUCUCCCGGCCAGAUACGGAGUCCCAGGACCCGUCGCCCUUCUUUCCUGUCGCUUCAGUCGUCGACGCUUCUCUCUGUAUGUCGUUGCUAAAGAACACGUCCUGACCUCCACCUUCCUUUGGCAUCGCCUCGUUCGCCGCUCCGCUGAGUCCCGUGCUGACAACAUCGAGAAUUGGAAGCCGUGCAGGGCUUUUGUAAUCCUACCUACUUAUUAUAAUCAUUCCUUGUCGUCAUCGACACCUCAUGGCUCCUUCUAAUUUGGGCACAAAUCCCCCCACGGCGCACAUGGCGACUACAACUCUUAAAGUCGAGGGCAUGACCUGCGGCGCCUGUACAUCGGCGAUAGAGACGGGCUUCCACGGCGUCGAGGGAGUUGGAAAUGUCUCCGUGAGCUUGGUCAUGGAGCGCGCGGUUGUUCAGCACGACCCGAAGAUAAUAUCGGCAGACCAAGUCAGGGAGAUUAUAGAUGAUCGGGGUUUCGACGCCGAGGUAUUGUCUUCGGACCUGCCCGCGGCUACACAAAAUGCGGACGACCAUAUCUGGAGUGAUUCGGAAGACGACGAGGCGGAAGAAGCGCUACACGUUUCAACGACCACCCUAUCUGUCGGAGGAAUGACCUGUGGUGCAUGUACUUCGGCGGUCGAGGGCGCCUUCAAGAAUGUCGCGGGAAUCAAAUCUUUCAGAAUUUCGUUACUAUCCGAGCGCGCGGACAUCGAACACGACGUGAAGAUAAUAUCCCCAUCGCAGUUAGCAGAUGCAAUUGAAGAUGUUGGAUUCGAUGCCAAGGUUUUGGAGACGGUAGCACAUACUCCAGCAAAGAAGACCCGCAGGAAUUACAGCAAGCGAAAAACUUUGACGACGACGGUUGGAAUCGAGGGAAUGACAUGUGGAGCGUGUACCUCGGCAAUCGAGAGCGGAUUCAAAGACAUUGAAGGGGUCUAUCAGUUCAACAUCUCCUUACUAGCAAACCGAGCGGUACUAGUCCACAAUCCAGCAAAGCUUACAGAAGAUCAGAUUGUGGAAAUUAUUGAGGACCGAGGUUUUGAUGCCAAGGUGAUAUCAUCAGUUGAUGGGACUGUGCAACAAUCGGCAUCCUCCAAUGGAACGGUGCAUCUCAAAAUCUAUGGACUACCCAACUCCAAAGCCGGUGAGGAGCUGGAAUCUCUACUCAGAGAACGACCUGGUAUUACUUCAGUGACGGCCAACUUCAGUACUUCCCGAAUAACUGUCAACCGCGAACCGCAGAUCAUUGGUCUCCGUGCAGUUGUCGAAGCAAUCGAAGCAACGGGAUACAACGCUUUAGUGGCCGAUUCCGAUGACAACAACGCUCAACUAGAAUCUCUAGCGAAAACCAAGGAGAUUCAAGAAUGGAAACGAGCCUUCAGGACCUCCCUUUGCUUUGCCGUACCCGUUUUCCUUACCGGCAUGUUCUUCCCUAUGAUGCUUCCAUUCCUCGACUACGGCUCUAUGUGUAUAAUGCACGGCCUCUGGCUCGGCGACGUCGUGUGCCUGGUUCUCACCAUUCCUGUUCAAUUCGGUAUUGGCAAACGUUUUUAUAUUUCUGCUUUUAAAUCCCUGAGCCACGGCUCCCCAACCAUGGAUGUUUUGGUUGUUCUUGGAACAUCGGCCGCGUUCUUUUUCAGCGUUGCUUCCAUGUUGGUUUCGCUUUUUGUUCCUCCACAUUCGCGACCUACAACCCUUUUUGACACAAGCACGAUGCUGAUCACUUUCAUCACUUUGGGACGGUACCUUGAAAAUAGGGCGAAGGGCCAGACAUCGAAAGCCCUCUCAAGACUGAUGUCGCUGGCCCCUUCGAUGGCUACAAUCUAUGCCGACCCCAUAGCUGCUGCAAAGGCUGCCGAAGGCUGGGAUGCCCCAGUCAGUGACGAGAAAGACAAUGACAUGAACUCCAACGCUGUUGAAGAGAAAGUUAUCGCGACGGAACUCAUUGAAGUGGGAGACGUUGUCAUUCUUCGACCCGGAGACAAGAUUCCAGCAGACGGUACUGUUACCCGUGGCGAAACCUACGUCGACGAGAGUAUGGUCACUGGCGAACCGAUGCCCGUCCUGAAGAAGAAAGGAACACUCUUGAUGGCCGGUACAGUUAACGGCGCUGGCCGACUUGACUUUGUUGUCACCCGAGCUGGUCGCGACACUCAGCUCAGCCAAAUUGUUCGCUUGGUCCAAGAGGCUCAAACGAGCCGCGCUCCAAUCCAGCGGCUUGCGGAUACAGUUGCCGGAUACUUCGUUCCUAUCAUCAUCACUCUUGGUCUCGCAACCUUUGUCGCUUGGAUGGUACUGAGUCACGCUCUACCGUACCCUCCAAAAGUAUUCCUCGACCAUGCUAGCGGCGGAAAGUUGAUGGUCUGCUUCAAACUCUGCAUUGCCGUCAUCGCCUUUGCAUGCCCUUGUGCCCUCGGGCUGGCAACACCUACCGCAGUCAUGGUGGGCACUGGUGUUGGCGCUGAGCAAGGUAUUUUGGUCAAAGGUGGGGCUGCCUUGGAGACUGCUACGAAGAUCAACCACGUCGUACUAGACAAAACAGGCACGCUUACGGUCGGGAAGAUGAGCGUAUCGAAAUCGGAUAUCCGGAGCGAGUGGGCCAACGACGAAUACAAGAAAAAUCUCUGGUGGACGCUCAUUGGCCUUGCAGAGAUGGGUUCCGAGCAUCCGAUUGCAAAAGCCAUCGUUCGCGCUGCUAAGGAGCAUCUCCGACUUGGUUCUGAUGGCACUCUUGAUGGAUCUGUGGGUGACUUCGAGGCAGUCGUUGGCAAAGGUAUCGCAGCGAGUGUCGAAGCUGCCUUGUCCCGCGAACGACAGCGCUACAGAGUCCUCAUUGGGAACGCGUCUUACCUCAUGUCCGAAGGUGUCGACGUCCCCGACUUCAUCGACGAACCAUUGACCCCCUUCGCUUCAUCCGCUAAUCCACGCGAUGGAUCUCUAUCUCGCUCUGCAGGCAUCACCACCAUUCACACCGCCAUCGGCAAAACCUACACCGGCUCAUUAAGCCUCUCCGAUACCAUCAAACCCUCCGCCCGCGCCACCAUCCUCGCCCUCUCCCGUCUAGGAAUCACAGCCUCAAUCGUCACGGGCGAUACCUCGUCCUCCGCCCUCGUCGUCGCAGCCCAGGUCGGCAUCGAUGCCGCAGACGUCUACGCCUCGGCCACACCCUCGGACAAAAAAGCAAUAAUCUCAGACCUCCAGUCUCGCGGCCGCGUCGUCGCCAUGGUCGGCGACGGUAUCAACGAUUCUCCCGCUCUGGCCUCGGCCGACAUCGGCAUCGCGCUCUCCACAGGCACAGAUGUCGCCAUGGAAGCAGCGUCCAUCGUCCUCAUGUCUACGACCGAUCUCCUUGCCAUUCCUGCAAGUCUCGUUCUCAGUCGCGCUAUCUUCGGCCGUAUUAAAUUCAACCUCGGAUGGGCGUGUUUAUACAACCUCGUUGGUCUGCCAUUCGCCAUGGGAUUCUUCCUCCCUUGGGGUCUAUACCUGCAUCCGAUGGCCGCAGGGUUUGCAAUGGCGUGUUCGUCUGUCUCCGUGGUGGUGAGUUCCCUGCAUCUGAAGCUCUGGACGAGGCCGGCGUGGAUGAAGGUUUCGGUGCUGGAUCCGAGUGCAGAGGUUCCGGAGAGUGAGAUGGAAAAGGAGAGUCUGGGUUUGGGUAGGAAAGGGCUGGUAAGGAGUGUGCUGGAUUGGGUGAAGGAGAGUGUGGCGGCGAAGAGGGGGGAUAGAGAGGAUGUGGGGUAUGUGCCGCUGAGGGAUAUGGGAGAGGUAUAGGAGGCGGGGUUGGGAAAGGGUCGGGAGUGAGAAGAGUUUAGAUACCAUGGGUCCCUCUGGCGUUUUUAGUUUUAGGAUUGGAUCAACG